AUGACAGCUCAAACCACCAAGCGCACUCGCUCGCAGACGUUACCAGCUGCCAAGCACGUGAACGGCGACGACCAUCUGUCAAUGCAGUUCCGACAACACGAGUCUUUGUGUCUUGUAAAUAAUCAGGUCCAGCACGACGAACAGCCGCGACGUAAGCGGCCCAUGGUUUCUGUUAAUCUGAGGCAGGAGGCCUCGCAAUGGAUGCGAGCACUGGAAGAGUCCAUGGAAGAGACAAGCUUUGUUACUCGCGAGGCACCGACGAGUGCGGCCUUGGUAGCACCGGUUCCGAAUCUUCUUGGCAACAGAAGGACUAGCAACCUUGUACCUGUGCAUUUAGCGGUGCUAGGUGCUCGAAGACUGGGAAUCCCUGCAACUUCAGCGCCGCUGAGGACGAGUUAUAGCAGUGCAGACGAGGAGGCAAUUCGAAGGCGACGACUUUUUGCCUUGCAAGCGACACGAGGCGGUGGAAAAGACGAUGAAGCUCGACCGGCGACAGAAGGAUUGGUCUUAUAG